AUGAGUGCCCUUACUGAUAAAUCAAUGCGCAUUAUUGCGAGAUCGUGCUCAAAUAUCCAAUAUCUUAAUCUUCAAUCUUGCAAUAUUACAGACAGAGCUAUAGAAGAAAUAGCUCUAUCAUGCCAUAAUCUAAAACAUCUUGACCUUUAUGGAGUUCAACAUAUUAUUUCUGACUUGUCAAUUUCCAAAAUCGCAAAAAUGUGUCCUAAUAUCAUAUAUCUUGAUCUAGGAUAUGCUCUGUCUAUUUCCUGUACAACUCUCAAAAUUAUUGCAGACCACUUGCAUGCUCUAGAAUAUCUUGGCUUGAAAAAUUGCUAUAGAAUUAGUCAAAAAAUAAUAGACAUGUUAUUUCCUGAUCUCGAAAUAGGCGGGUAUUACUCAUUACCACUUGGGCAGUAA